GCCAUCCUCGCCUCCCCGCCAGCGCGGGGCAACCGCCUCGCCCGGAGCCCUCCCUCGUUGCCGUCCGCGCACCCCGGCGGCGCCGCCGCGGGAAGCGGCUCCCCCACCCCUUCCUCCGCGUCCUCUUCCCCCGCUCCCGCGCCGGGGCCGCUUGUUGCACCGCCCGCGGCCUGCGGGAGCCGCUCGCCCCGGCCUUGUUCUCGCGUCCGCACCCCUUUCCUGUCGCCCCUGGGGCCCGUACCCCAGCCCGGCCGGCGAGACCCCGGCCAGACCCCGCAGCCCGCACAAAAUGUCGGCCCGGACGCCAUUGCCGACGGUGAACGAGCGGGACACGGAAAAUCAUACAUCUGUGGAUGGAUAUACUGAACCACACAUCCAGCCUACCAAGUCAAGUAGCAGACAGAACAUACCCCGGUGUAGAAACUCCAUUACGUCAGCAACAGAUGAACAGCCUCACAUUGGAAAUUACCGUUUACAAAAAACAAUAGGGAAGGGAAAUUUUGCCAAAGUGAAAUUGGCAAGACACGUUCUAACUGGUAGAGAGGUUGCUGUGAAAAUAAUAGACAAAACUCAGCUAAAUCCUACCAGUCUACAAAAGUUAUUUCGAGAAGUUCGAAUAAUGAAGAUACUGAAUCAUCCUAAUAUAGUAAAAUUGUUUGAAGUUAUUGAAACAGAGAAGACUCUCUAUUUAGUCAUGGAAUACGCGAGUGGGGGUGAAGUAUUUGAUUACUUAGUUGCCCAUGGAAGAAUGAAAGAGAAAGAGGCUCGUGCAAAAUUUAGGCAGAUUGUAUCUGCUGUACAGUAUUGUCAUCAAAAGUGCAUUGUUCACCGUGAUCUUAAGGCUGAAAACCUUCUCCUUGAUGGUGAUAUGAAUAUUAAAAUUGCUGACUUUGGUUUUAGUAAUGAAUUUACAGUUGGGAACAAAUUGGACACAUUUUGUGGAAGCCCACCCUAUGCUGCUCCUGAGCUUUUCCAAGGAAAGAAGUAUGAUGGGCCCGAAGUGGAUGUGUGGAGUCUGGGCGUCAUUCUCUAUACGUUAGUCAGUGGCUCCUUGCCUUUCGAUGGCCAGAAUUUAAAGGAACUUCGGGAGCGAGUUUUACGAGGGAAGUACCGUAUUCCCUUCUAUAUGUCCACAGACUGUGAAAAUCUUCUCAAGAAAUUAUUAGUGCUGAAUCCAAUAAAGAGAGGCAGCUUGGAACAAAUAAUGAAAGAUCGAUGGAUGAAUGUUGGUCAUGAAGAAGAAGAACUAAAGCCAUAUACUGAGCCUGACCCAGAUUUCAAUGACAUAAAAAGAAUAGAUAUUAUGGUUACUAUGGGCUUUGCACGAGAUGAAAUAAAUGAUGCCUUAAUAAAUCAGAAGUAUGAUGAAGUUAUGGCUACUUAUAUUCUUCUAGGUAGAAAACCACCUGAAUUUGAAGGUGGUGAAUCAUUAUCCAGUGGAAACUUGUGCCAGAGAUCCCGGCCCAGUAGUGACUUAAACAACAGCACUCUUCAGUCCCCUGCUCACCUGAAGGUCCAGAGAAGCAUCUCAGCAAAUCAGAAGCAGCGGCGUUUCAGUGAUCAUGCUGGUCCAUCCAUUCCUCCUGCUGUAUCAUAUACCAAAAGAGCUCAGGCUAACAGCGUGGAAAGUGAACAGAAAGAGGAGUGGGACAAAGACGUGGCCCGAAAACUUGGCAGCACGACAGUUGGCUCAAAAAGCGAGAUGACUGCAAGCCCUCUUGUAGGGCCAGAGAGGAAAAAAUCUUCAGCUAUUACAAGUAACAAUGUGUAUUCCGGAGGUAGCAUGGCAAGAAGGAAUACUUACGUCUGUGAAAGGACCACAGAUCGAUAUGCAGCAUUGCAGAAUGGAAAAGACAGCAGCCUUACAGAGAUGUCUGUGAGUAGCAUAUCUUCUGCAGGCUCUUCUGUGGCCUCUGCUGUCCCCUCAGCACGACCCCGCCACCAGAAGUCCAUGUCCACUUCUGGUCAUCCUAUUAAAGUCACACUGCCAACCAUUAAAGACGGCUCUGAAGCUUACCGGCCUGGCAGUACAACCCAGAGAGUGCCUGCUGCUUCCCCAUCUGCUCACAGUAUUAGUACUGCGACUCCAGACCGGACCCGCUUUCCCCGAGGGAGCUCAAGCCGAAGCACUUUCCAUGGUGAACAGCUCCGGGAGCGACGCAGCGCUGCUUAUAAUGGGCCACCUGCUUCACCAUCCCAUGAAACGGGUGCAUUUGCACAUGCCAGAAGGGGAACGUCAACUGGUAUAAUAAGCAAAAUCACAUCCAAAUUUGUUCGCAGGGAUCCAAGUGAAGGCGAAGCCAGUGGCAGAACUGACACCUCAAGAAGUACAUCAGGGGAACCAAAAGAAAGAGACAAGGAAGAGGGUAAAGAUUCUAAGCCGCGUUCUUUGCGGUUCACAUGGAGUAUGAAGACCACUAGUUCAAUGGACCCUAAUGACAUGAUGAGAGAAAUCCGAAAAGUGUUAGAUGCAAAUAACUGUGAUUAUGAGCAAAAAGAGAGAUUUUUGCUUUUCUGUGUCCAUGGAGAUGCUAGACAGGAUAGCCUUGUGCAGUGGGAGAUGGAAGUUUGCAAGUUGCCACGACUGUCACUUAAUGGGGUCCGCUUCAAGCGAAUAUCUGGAACAUCUAUUGCCUUUAAGAACAUUGCAUCAAAAAUAGCAAAUGAGCUUAAGCUGUAAAGACAUCCAAAUUUACAGGUUCAGGGAAGAUACAUACAUAUAUGAGGUACAGUUUUUGAAUGUACUGGUAAUGCCUAAUGUGGUCUGCCUGUGAAUCUCCCCAUGUAGAAUUUGCCCUUAAUGCAAUAAGGUUAUACAUAGUUAUGAACUGUAAAAUGAAAGUCAGUAUGAACUAUAAUAAAUAUCUGUAGCUUAAAAAGUAGGUUCACAUGUACAGGUAAGUAUAUUGUGUAUUUCUGUUCAUUUUCUGUUCAUAGAGUUGUAUAAUAAAACAUGAUUGCUUAAAAACUUGUAUAGUUGUCUAGAUUUCUGCACAUAAAUGUACGUUUGAUGGUUUGAUUUGAAAAUGUUCUUCCCUGUUAUUUACAUUCUGGUGGGUUUUUUAAAUUCUUACUUCCAUCAUGCAAUUUUUGAAAAUUGUGUCCAGAAUUAAAAGUGCAUAGAAAUAGUCUUUACAAUUGUAGCAUGGACCUUGAAAAAUUAUUUUAAAAUCGUAUUUAAAUUUAAACCAGAAGCUGAAAAAUAGAUCGGCUUUAUUAUACACAAAAUUAUUCCUGCUUAUCUUUGCUCUUUUACUUGUUAUCCCACAAAGUUUAGUUGAGAAGAUACAAAAUGUUUACAGUGUUGGCACUUAGAGUUUUUAAAUUCAAGUACAUGAAAUUCAAUAAUAGCUUUGCCUUGAGCUAACUAAGAAGUACUGGGGAAAAAGUUAAGUCUAUAUCAAGUUUCUUUUGAACUUUGAAGUGUUUUCUGACCCACUGCUAACUGUAGCAGCAAAAUUAAAAA